GCCAGGGAGCCUCAGGCAGGACUUCCUGGGUGUUUUAGGACGAGAGAGCGCGAGCGGCUGGCACGGGGCGGCCAGAAUGGCCAAGGCAGAGGCCCAAGGCCGUCUGUGGCUGGAGAGCCCCUCUGGAGGAGCGCCUCCUAUCUUCCUGCCCUUGGACGGGAAAGCCUUGGUCCUGGGCCGGGGACCCCUGACCCAAGUUACCGACCGGAAGUGUUCGAGAAACCAAGUGGAGCUGCUUGCAGACCUGGAGACCCGGACCGUGGCCGUGAAGCAGCUGGGAGUCAACCCUUCAACUGCUGGGACGCAAGAGCUGAAACCAGAAUUACAGGGCUCUUUGGGGGUGGGGGACACGUUGUAUUUGGUCAACGGCCUCUAUCCCCUGACCCUACGCUGGGAAGAGAGGCCCCCAGACGGAUCCCAGCCCGACACUCCGCCGGGCACCCCGCCAGCAGCCCCAGAGGAGAACAUCGAGCAGCCGAAUAAGCGCGUGCGGAAGGCAUCUCCGGGCUGGGAGAGUCUGGAGAAGCUGCUGGUGUUCACAGCCCCCGGUGUGACAGCCCGAGACAAGGUGGCCGCCUUUGAUCUGGACGGGACACUCAUCUGCACCCGCAGUGGGAAGGUCUUUCCCUCGGGCCCCACUGACUGGAGGAUCCUGUAUCCCGAGAUUCCAAAGAAACUUCGGGAGCUGCAGGCUGAUGGUUACAAGCUGGUGAUCUUCACCAACCAGAUGGGCAUCGGCCGUGGGAAGCUGUCCGCAGAGGAGUUCAAGGGCAAGGUGGAGGCAGUGCUGGAGAAGCUUGGGGUCCCGUUUCAGGUGCUCGUGGCCACACACGCGGGCUUGUAUCGGAAGCCUGUGACCGGCAUGUGGGACUAUCUGCGAGAACAGGCCAAUGAGGGUGUGCCCAUAUCCCUCAGUGACAGCAUCUUCGUGGGAGAUGCUGCCGGUAGACCUGCCAACUGGGCCCCUGGGCAGAAGAAAAAGGACUUCUCCUGUGCCGACCGCCUGUUUGCCCUCAACCUCAGCCUGCCCUUCGCCACACCGGAGGAAUUCUUCCUCAAGUGGCCCACGGCAGCCUUUGAGCUCCCAGCCUUCGACCCGAGGACCGUGUCCCCAUCAGGGCCAAUCUGCCUCCCUGAGUCCAGCUCCCUCCUAAGCGCUGACCCAGAGGUGGUGGUUGCCGUGGGAUUCCCAGGGGCUGGAAAGUCCACCUUUGUCCAGAAGCACCUCGUGUCUGCAGGCUACGUCCAUGUGAACAGGGAUUCACUGGGUUCCUGGCAGCGCUGCGUAUCCACCUGUGAGGCGGCUCUGAGGCAGAAGAAACGCGUUGUCAUCGACAACACCAACCCUGACGUCCCAACUCGAGCCAGGUACCUCAAGUGUGCCCAGGACGCAGGUGUGCCCUGCCGCUGUUUCCUCUUCAGUGCCACCCUGGAGCAAGCGCGCCACAACAACCGGUUCCGGGAGAUGACGGGUUCAACACAUGCCCAUGUGUCGGACGUGGUCAUGUUCGGCUACAGGAAGCAAUUUGAGGCCCCCACACUGGCAGAAGGCUUCUCAGCCAUCCUGGAGAUCCCCUUCCGCCUGCACCUGGAGCCCCAGCUUGAGCGGCUGUACCGCCAGUUCUCUGAGGGUUAAGCCCCAAUAAAGGCCUCUGC